AUGAAUUUCAGGCCUUCUCUGCAGUUCUAUCGCCACCUCCUGGUUUUCUUCUUUACCCUUGAAGAGAUUAAUAAGAACCUGCAGUUUCUUCCCAAUAUCUCUCUGGGUUACCAGAUAUUUGACUCUUGCGCCAAUGUCCAUAAGUCGGUGUACAGCACGUUCCGGAUAAUGUCAGGGGGUCGGCAGAUCAUCCCAAACUACAGCUGCUGGAACCAGAGAAAGAUGGUGGGAUUCAUAGGAGAGGUGACCGCCGCCUCAUCGUACGUCAUAUCACAGCUGGCCGGGAUAUACAGGUACCCGCAGAUAAGUUACGGCACCAUGACCUCAGUAUUUACAGCAACCGAUCAGUUUCCAUCAUUCUACCAGGCAGCCGCAAAUGAAUUAUCAGAAAUCGAUGCCAUUGUGCAAUUGGUGAAACAUUUAGGCUGGAAAUGGGUUGGAAUCCUUGUAUCAGAUGACGACACCGGACAGAUCGCCGGUGAAAUGUUUAAGAAGGAGAUUGUAAACUUGAGGGGCUGUGUGGCCUUCUUUAUUAUAUUAAGGGACGAUUCCCCUGAUUAUUACCAUAAAAAGAUAAUUGACACGAUCAAUAAAAGCUCAACGAACGUGACUGUGGCGUUCUUAAGUGUAAACCUUGCAGAUGCUUUUGUUCGAUAUUUUGCCUUAGAAAAGCAGAAACCAAAAAUUUGGAUCACAUCUUCCUCCUUCUCCCGGGUCUCAGAAUUACAACGUCUACAAAUAAGAAGAACAUUUAAUGGAACGUUGUCCCUUUCUUCUCCUGAGGGAGAGAUUCCGGGGUUCAGGGAAUAUUUCUAUAGCAUAAAACCCAUAAAAUAUCCAGGUGACAACUUGGUAAGAAACAUCUGGGAAUAUCUUGCCUUGUGCACCUUCUCAACAUCUAGAAGUGAUUCUUAUCCCAUAUGCAUUGGGAAUGAAACUUUAAAUGAUGAUGUUUUAUCAAUAUUUCAUGUCUUUGUCUUCAGGAGCUGUUAUUCCAUCUACACUGCAGUUUAUGCCAUGGCACAUUCUCUUCAUGACAUGUAUGCCACCAGCAAGUCCAACAAUCUGCUGACACCUUUCCAACCUUGGCGGCUUAAGUACUUCCUGCAAAGUGUGAAUUUUAUCACUUCUUCUGGAGAUGCAUUUUACUUUAAACACAACAAACAGGUUCCAACACGUUUGGAUCUCCUGAAAUACAACUUCAUAUCUAUAACAAAAGUGUCAAAGGUGAAGGUUGGAAAUUAUGAUGAAACAUCUACUGCAGGAUUCCCAUUCAACAGCCUCAAAGAAUCUGAGGUGUGGGGUCCAUAUUUCCACCAGGCGCCUCCAUCACUCUGCAAUGAAGCUUGUGAACCUGGGUACAGGAUGGCAAAGAGAGAAGGGGAACCUCCAUGUUGUUACGACUGUGUACAGUGCACCAAGGGAGAAAUGUCCAAUUCAACAGACUCCCGGAGCUGCUGGAAAUGUUCCAGGUAUGAAAACUCAAAUAUUGACAGGACCGGCUGUGUCCCCAAAGAUGUCGAUUUCCUUUCCUAUGGAGAAACUUUAGGAGGAACUUUGACAAUUGUCUCUUUACUAUUUUCAAUUGUUACAAGUGUCAUCCUUGGAAUAUUUUGGACGUAUCGAGAGACUCCAAUAGUAAAAGCCAACAAUCGGAAGCUCAGCUACGUUCUCCUCAUCUCCAUCACCCUCUGCUUCAUGUGCACGCUGCUGUUCAUUGGUCGGCCAUCACCAAUACGAUGUCUUCUCAGACAAGCUGCAUUUGGAGUUGUCUUCACCGUCUCUGUUUCUUCUGUAUUGGCUAAAACUCUGACAGUCAUCAUGGCCUUCAAGGCGACCCGACCAGGGAGCAGGAUGAAGAGACUCUUAGGAAUGAGGUUACCUGACACAUUAGUUGUCCUGUGCUCUAUGGGGGAAGUGCUGCUGUCAGUCAUCUGGAUCAUGUUCUAUCCGCCAUAUCUAGAUGCUGACACAGAGACGGACACUAUUCUCUUGUUGUGUAAUGAAGGGUCAUCCACUUUCUUCUUUUUGGAAAUUGGCUACAUCGGGAUGUUGGCUCUGAUUUCUCUGGGGGCCGCAUUUCUGGCCAAGGAUUUCCCGGACCGCUUUAAUGAAGCCAAGAACAUCUCCUUCAGUAUCCUGGUAUUCAGCAGCGUGUGGGUGACAUUUGUCCCCACGUAUCUCAGUGUAAAGGGGAAGAACAUGGUGGCGGUGGAGGUCUUUGCCAUCUUGACCUCCAGUGCAGGACUAUUGAGUUUUAUUUUUCUCCCCAAAUGUUAUGUCAUCCUCAUAAGCCAAAACUGUUUAUAAGAAC